AUGUCUGAUCCACGAAAAAGUGACGAGUUGCCUGAUCCACAAAAAGUUAAAAAUCUUAUUGCUGGAAGAGAUUCAAAUUCUGCUGUAGCGUCUCAUGCGCUUCCAAAACAUCAUUAUACGGCAGACCCCAACGAAGUUCCUGAUGACAAACAAAAAUGGCAAGACCAAGAACUCCGUGUACAUGUCGGUAAUGAUAAAAAAGGUAUUGUCGGCCAAGUAGAAAAAGAUUGGGAAGAAUCAAAAGAUAACAAAAAAGCCCACAAAUAA